AUGCCGUACGAAAGCUUCACGCCGCAGGAACACGUCGAGAUCACAGAAGUCGUGCAAGACGCGACCACUAACGCGUGGAUGUACGUGCUCCAUGUGCGACGUGGGAGCACAAGUACGCACUCGUCGCCACGUGGCCUCGUGGAAGAGGGAUUCAGCCACGAGUACGUCAUCAGUCGCCGCUAUAGCGAGUUCAAGCAGCUCCACACAGUGUUGGCGUCUGUCAUGGGCGACGCCCUCACGCCACUGCCUGCCGAUGGACUCUUGACGCUCAUUUUAGCCGACAACCAGACGUUACUGGACGAACGUCGUCAGGUGCUGACCCAGAUCGUCAUGGACGUGCUGAACCACGCGGUGGCUCGCGACUUGCCGGACGUGCAGGAGUUUCUGGGCCACGAGUCCGUGAGUGCCAAAGUCAUGGCCCCGCUCUCGGGUCAGUGCACGAGUUCGAUCCACAAGACGUCGAGUCCAGCUUGGACGACGCUCGACGGCUUGAAUCGCGAGCCCAUCACGUCGUUGUAG